UUUCGUGAACAGCGAAAAAAAUAAUGUGAUACUCGGACUCAUUUUGUUGAUCUUUCAAAAUUGUAUUCUUUUAGACUUUGAGAUAUUCUUUUCCUAACUAACUUGGCACUAUUCUAUCAUGGGGGACGAUUUCAAGGCAAAAGGCAAUGCUGCCAUGCAGGCUGGAAAUGCCGAGCAGGCAGUUGACUUCUACACCCAAGGUAUUGCGAUCGACGGCAACAACCAUGUGCUGUACAGCAAUCGUUCUGCUGCUUAUGCAAAGCUAAACCGCUUCUCAGAUGCAUUGGAAGACGCACAGAAGACUACUUCAAUUAAACCAGACUGGGCUAAGGGUUACUCUCGCGUCGGCACUGCACUAUCAUUCCUUGAUCGCCACUCUGAGGCCAUUGAUGCAUUCGAGACGGGCCUCGGGCUUGAUGCAAAUAACGCUACCUUGAAAAGUGGCCUUGCCGACGCCAAGGAGCGCUCAGAGGCUGCUAUGGCCCAGUCUCCAUCAAACCCAUUCAGUGGCCCUGACGUCAUGGCAAAGCUAGCAGCAGACCCCCGAACGGCUGACCUGAUCAAGCAACCUGACUUCAUGGUGAUGUUGAAUCAGAUUCAGCGUAACCCGGGUAACAUUUCGCAGUAUCUGUCCGAUCCACGUCUUCAGGCUACGCUUGGUGUCCUUCUCAAUGCCGACUUCCUCAACCCAGAUGGCCCAGGUGACGAUUCUGGUAGCGCUCCACAGACCUCGUCCUCGCCGACAAUGAACAAGCCCACCGCAUCCCCACCUCGUGCUGAGGCAAAGGCAGAGGCUGAGCUAAGCGAGGCUGAUGCAGCCAAGCAGCUAGGCAAUGAGGCGUAUAAGAAGAAGGAUUUCGAGGCCGCACUGCAGCACUACGACAAGGCCAUUGAGUUGGAUGGCACGAACAUGACCUAUUUGACAAACAAGGCGGCGGUCUACUUUGAGCAGAGCAGAUUUGACGAGUGUGUGGAGACCUGUCUGAAAUCUAUCGAUGUUGGUCGUGAGCAGCAUGCCGAUUUCAAGAAUAUUGCAAAGGCUCUUGGUCGUAUUGGCAGUGUUCACCUCAAGAAGGAGGAGUAUGAAGAUGCCAUCAAGUGGUUCAACAAGUCUUUGGCUGAGCAUCGCAUGCCCGAUAUCCUGAAGAAGCUGCAACAGGCGGAGAAGAUUCUAGAAGAGAGAAGAUAUCAGGCGUACCUGAGCCCCGAAAUUGCCCUCGAAGAGAAGACCAAGGGCAACCAAGCUUUCCAAAAAGGCGAUUACCCUAGUGCCAUUUCACAUUACACUGAGUCCAUCAAGCGUAAUCCAGAUGAUCCUAAGGUCUACAGCAACCGUGCUGCCUGCUACACAAAACUUGCAGAAUUCCGUAUGGGAUUGAAUGAUUGCGAGACAGUUAUCAAGCUGGAUCCCAAAUUCGUCAAGGGUUACACACGCAAAGGUCUCAUUCACCUUGCACUGAAGGAACAAAGCAAGGCAGCAGCAGCAUUCCAGGAAGCUCUUAGUCUUGACCCCAACAAUGCAGAUGCCCAAGAUGGCAUGCGCAAGUCCUACCAGCAUCACCCUACCACCAUGACCGAUGCCGAACGCGAGCAGGUGGCACAGCGUGCCAUGGCUGAUCCAGAAGUGCAGCAAAUCAUGCAAGACCCUGCCAUGAGAACUAUCCUACAGCAGAUGCAAGAAGACCCUAAAGCUAUUCGGGAACAUCUCAAGAAUCCAGUCAUCGGCGAGAAGCUGCAAAAACUUGUCGACUCUGGCUUAGUAUCGAUGCGCUAGACGUCCCCACGACACACAGCAUAGGUAGGCUCAGGUCUUGCUACUGCCUGUCUGCCUGCCUGUACGUGGCUAUGUCAAGUGGACCGUUCCGCAGUCAUGCUAUUCGUACAACAGAAGCAUGUCUGUGGAUGUACACUGCUGCUCUUCCCCUCUCCGCCACAUUAGCUGCCACUUGUAAUGUUGUGUGUGUGUGUGACAGUCGAGGUGUGUGUCUUUGCACUGAUGGUUGUUGACCUAGGGCCAGGCCGGGCAGGGUUUCGUUCUAGAUUCUACUGCCCUAAGUUGUGGUUCUCUAACACACACACUGUUCUUUAACACACGACUUCUGUUCUGAGCUUGGAUAAUAGCACACUGGUGUCUGCUUCCCAACCAGCGGUGACCAAUUGUCCAUUGAGUUACUGCUUGGUUGUGUUCUAGUUGUCGUCAGCCAGUGCUGCACACCGCUGCUGGUUAUAAGCCAUUGCUCACGCACAUGGCUUUCAUUUCUGGCAAUUUUCUGUUGAUCUGGACUCCAAUGUUUAUUUUUAUUUUGUUUGUGUUAGCAGCCUCUGAUCUUGAUUAACGCCUCGGUGUCUCUUUUCAACCAGAGGCGCCACCUUACACUACACAUUACACUUACAUCGAAGUACAAUGCAGUGUGUAUUGUAUCACCAUCAUACCUUCAGUCUCUAUCAUUGCUGCUGCUGCUGCCUCCGCCGCUGCCGCCAGAAGUCCUUCUCAUUCAGCUCUUUGCGCUUUCCUAAUGACAAAGUGUCGUCUC